UAAAUGCUGACUGCUAAGGGCUCUGCUACGGACCAUAGAUUAUAAUAUUUACAGUCUAUGCUACGGACUGUCGCGAGCAGAAUCACAAACCACCAUGCGAAGGAUGGCUGAGGAGAUACAACCUACUAAGGAACAAUGCUCCUGGAUAUCAAGUUGGCUUCCCUCUUGGUGUCCCACGUCUCCCUCUCAGCUGAAAGAUGCAGAGGAAAAAAUGCUCAAGAGUGUGAAGCUGCCUUUCUCCAGGCAGCACGUCCGGAUAUCCAACAGCAACUAUCUGUGGACCUUAGCUUUUUUCGCUCAGCCACCGCCUUGCUCUCCUUCCCGGCCCCUUGUCCAGCCCAGGCCCCCUCUGGUUCUGCUGCAUGGCUUUGGAGGUGGGGUUGCUCUUUGGGCCCAAAACCUGGACUCUCUCUCCAGCAGUGGACCGGUCUACACUCUAGACCUGCUGGGCUUCGGCAGGAGCAGCCACCCCCAGUUCAGCACAGACCCCGAGGGGGCUGAGGAGCAGUUUGUGUCAGCCCUGGAGGAGUGGAGGGAGAAGGUGGGACUGGAGGAAAUGGUGCUGCUGGGACACAACCUCGGAGGAUACCUGUCUGCUGCCUACACACUCAAAUACCCACACAGGGUAAAACAUCUGCUGCUAGUGGAGCCAUGGGGGUUCCCAGCACGUCCAGAGAACCCCAACCACAACUCCAUCCCAGUGUGGAUCAGAGCCAUGGGGGCUGUUAUGAGCCCCUUCAACCCUCUGGCUGGACUCAGACUGGCUGGGCCUCUAGGUCCAAUGCUGGUCCAGACAGUCCGGUCAGAUUUCAAGCAGAAAUACUCUUCCGUGUUUGACGACAACACAGUAUCUGACUACAUCUACCAUCUAAAUGCCCAGACACCAAGUGGAGAAACGGCCUUUAAGAACAUGACCAUUCCCUAUGGUUGGGCUAAGAGGCCCAUGCUGGAGAGGAUCGACCAAGUCCAGGCUGACAUUCCCAUUUCCUUCAUCUAUGGAUCACGCUCCAGCAUUGACAGUGACUCUGGAUACGCGUUAAAGAAAACCAGACCAGAUGUGCAAAUCAUGGUCAUCAGAGGAGCAGGCCAUUACGUUUUCGCCGACCAGCCCGAUGACUUCAACCAGACAGUCCUUCAUAUCCUCGCUGGGACGGAGAAGAAAAGCCGAGGUGAGGGAACGAAGCGGUGAGAGCUCCCUCGUUCAGACGACGCACAGGAGGGCACAUGGUUUAACGAAGCCAAACUUGUUACACAGCCUCAGCUCUUUAACUGCAAGCCUCUUUUAUCAUGCACUUUACUCUUAAGAGAGAACCAUAACCGACUGAGGACACUUCACUCACUAUUAUCAACCUCAUGUAAAGUUUUUUUUUUUUUUGUAAAUAAAUGUGACAAAUGUGCAGUCUU